AUGCGUGGUUUGGACGGAUCGGAAACCGACCAGCUCCAUAACACCCCAUCUGUGUUUGAUAUUGAUGGUGACCUUGAACUUGUCCAGAAACUUGAAUGUUCCUCUGAUCAAACACUCAAAGAGCUCACUGACGAGUUUGCCUGUCGCAAUGCUGAUAUACCCGAAGCUAUUGACCACAACCCUAACGCAUGCGGUUCUGUUACUCAUUGGACUAGCGCCGACGACGCAGGCUUUACAGGAUCAACUUCCUAUACCAAGUACACACCGAAUCCUCUUGCGACUGACAAAUGCAUUCUUAUUGACGGUUGCCUCUACGGAACAGUAGAGCCUUCCGAAACAACUCCUGGGGUGCCUAGCUAUGUGAAAGCCUUGUUAAGUCAUACUUUCCCUUCUGAUUCGCCUCUAUGUCAUGUGAAGUAUGGAGGUGCUACUUUGGAAACCGUCAGAUUAUCAUCUCUCUCUAAUCUAGCUUUGCACCGGCCAUAUUGGCUACUUCAUGUGGGUGACUGCGAACACAUUUGGACCAUUGAUGCCAUUCGCCUUUUAUCGUCGAAUGAACUACUAGAGUCUUUUCCACGCACAGUGUAUUUACAACGCUGGAUGCUCACUUCACUCGCGCGCCAAUACAUUGUUCCCAAAAAAUUGGUUACCCGGGGUGAUAAAGCAGGCGUGCCUUGUGAUGUUUGUGACGGUAUGAGGGAUGCUGUGGUUGCUGUAAUGGGCGGCGAUGAAGCUUUUUGUUCAAACGGGGACCGAGUUAAACUCAAAGGAUGGGGUCAGAUUGUUACACCCUGUUGUUCCGCCUGUUUCCGUUCUGCAACAGGGAGUGAAGUUAGUGCCAUGCUCGGAAACACAGCUCCCACGGGUGGAAAAUGGACCGUGAUGCCCCUUCAUGGCAGCUAG